CAACUGAAGAGCGAGACGGAGGACGGAGGCUCCAACUGUAUCUUUCAUAGAUAAAAGCAGGAGUAAAACCCGUUUAUAACCCGGAAAAAACCAUGGACAAGAGUGACCUGGUGCAGAAGGCCAAACUGGCUGAGCAGGCCGAGCGUUAUGACGACAUGGCGGCAGCUAUGAAAGAGGUCACAGAGGGUGGGGUCGAGCUAUCCAACGAGGAGCGUAACCUGCUCUCCGUGGCUUACAAGAAUGUGGUUGGUGCCCGCCGCUCUUCCUGGAGGGUCAUCUCAAGCAUCGAGCAGAAGACCGAGGGCAACGAGAAGAAGCAGCAGAUGGCGCGCGAGUACCGCGAGAAGAUCGAGACGGAGCUGCAGGACAUCUGCAAUGACGUACUGGUUCUUCUGGAAAAGUUCUUAAUUCCCAAUGCUUCUCAGGCUGAGAGCAAGGUGUUCUACCUGAAAAUGAAAGGCGAUUACUAUAGAUACCUGUCUGAGGUAGCAUCUGGAGAAUCUAAGAAGACCACGGUAGAGAAUUCCCAGAAGGCCUAUCAGGAGGCUUUUGAGAUCAGCAAGAAGGAGAUGCAGCCCACACACCCCAUCCGUCUCGGGUUGGCGCUUAACUUCUCCGUCUUCUACUACGAGAUCCUCAAUUCCCCUGAUCAGGCCUGCACUCUGGCCAAGACGGCAUUUGAUGAGGCCAUUGCUGAGCUUGAUACCUUAAAUGAGGAUUCCUACAAAGACAGCACUCUGAUCAUGCAGCUACUAAGGGACAACCUAACUCUGUGGACGUCGGAAAACCAGGGGGAUGAGGCAGACGCUGGAGAGGGCGAGAACUAGAGGAGCCGCACCACUCCAGACACCUGCACACACUCAUCUUAAACACACAAACGGCUUCCCUCCCCCCUUCCCCCCGCCCCACCCCACUCAGCCCCCAGCCCCUCCGAGUCGCGCCUGAUCUGACACACAAAAGCCCCUCACACACACUCACACACAGACACACACAUUGGGGGGCCCACAGGGUGCAGAUGUUAGCAGGUCCAAUUAUAUUUUUUUUUUGUUUGUUUUUGUUUUCCUGUUCGUGAGUUUAAUGUGGUUGUAUUGAGUAGUGAGUACAUAUUCUUUGUGUGUGUCUUGUGUUUGUGUGUGUGAAUGAGAGCGAGUGUUAUGUGAGAGUGAGUGAGUGUAUGCGCUUGUGUGUAUGUUUGAGAAUGUGUGAGCAUGUGUGUAUUGGGGGUCGGGGGUUGUGAACUCUAAUCGUCCUUCCUGAUAAUUCCUUUUUUUUCCCACCCUAGCUGGUUGUGCAUUUUUCAUCCUUUUUUGUUAUGGUCAUAUUUUUUUUUUAGUGUAAUUCAUCAUGGUAUUUACAGGUUUUAUUGUAUGGUUAUUAAACUGGCAGUUUAUUUUCACCAAACACUGUAAUGCUGAGUUUUGUAUCUUUUUUUUUUGUUUGUUUGUUUUUGUUUUGUUUUGACCUGUGGUACUAUGCUUCUCAAUUUGGAUAUCUGGUCUCGUUGCUGGGGUUAUUCACUUAAUACCCAACACAGACCCACGGUCGGCUGGCCAUUUCAUAAAGUAAAUGUCUGAAAAGUAAAAAUUCAGUUGAUAUUGUGUCUUAUUUUAAGAAUCACAUUGCAAACACAAGUCAGACAGUGGUAAGAAAACGUAAGUUAUGUGUUAGACAUUGUAUUUGUUUGAGAGGACUAAAUGUGCUGCUUUACAGUUCCACACUUGCUUACUAAUUUACCACGUCACAGCGACGUUGAAUCCGCCUUUUGACGGAACAAGAUGCAUCAUUCACGAGAAAUGACCUGAAAUUUGUGCCACAAAUAUUCUCCCUUGUCCUC